CUUUUAUCGUUAUCAGGAGUAGCAACUCAAGCGCACGCGUCUACUUAUAAAUUCGCUGAGCCCUCUCCACACUUGUGACUUGUUCCUUGUCAAGUCGACCGCAUGUCAUUAUUUGUUCGCUACUCAUUUUACGUAACGUUUUAGAAGUGUGUGGGUGUGGUGCUAAUUUUAGCACCGUAGCGAUCGUUUUUAUUAAGUUUUUUUUAUUUUGAGUAAUAGUUUUAAUAUAUUUUACCAAAAUGUUGCAUCUUAAGUCAAUCACCAAAAGUGCACUGAAACAUAACCCCUCCGAAGUGUCUACAUUGGUCAAAGCUCUGCCAACGGCCAUCCAAACGCGCUCUUACUCCGAGCACCAAAUUCCCGAUAGGCUGAAGGAUGUCCCAACACAUCCUAAUCCAAGAUUUUUCGACAUGGUGGAGUACUUCUUCCACCGUGCCUGCCAGAUCGUCGAAUCUAAAUUGGUCGAGGACAUGAAAGGAAGCAAAAUGACAGUUGAAGAUAAAACUAAGAAAGUCAAAGGUAUUCUUAUGUUAAUGCAGCCAUGCGAUCACAUUUUGGAAAUUGCUUUCCCAUUGCGCAGAGAUUCAGGAAACUACGAAAUGAUUCAGGGUUACCGUGCUCAACACAGCACACAUCGUACACCAACCAAAGGAGGUAUCCGUUUCUCAAUGGAUGUUUCCCGUGAUGAAGUCAAAGCUUUGUCUGCUUUGAUGACAUUCAAGUGUGCCUGUGUUGAUGUACCAUUCGGUGGUGCUAAGGCUGGAGUCAAAAUUGACCCAAAGACAUACUCUGAACACGAAUUGGAAAAGAUCACAAGGCGCUUCACCUUGGAAUUGGCAAAGAAAGGAUUUAUUGGACCCGGUGUAGAUGUACCAGCCCCUGACAUGGGAACUGGUGAACGUGAAAUGUCUUGGAUUGCUGAUACAUACGCUAAGACCAUUGGACAUUUAGAUAUCAAUGCCCACGCUUGUGUUACUGGCAAACCAAUCAACCAAGGAGGUAUUCACGGUCGUGUCUCUGCAACUGGACGUGGUGUUUUCCACGGCUUGGAGAACUUCAUCAAUGAAGCUAACUACAUGAGCAUGAUUGGAACAACACCUGGCUGGGGUGGCAAAACUUUCAUUGUCCAAGGUUUCGGUAAUGUAGGUUUACACACUUGCAGAUACUUGCACCGUGCUGGAGCCACUUGUGUUGGAAUUAUUGAGCAUGAUGGUUCAAUCUACAACCCAGAAGGUAUUGACCCUAAGGCUUUGGAAGAUUACAAAACCGAACACGGAACUGUUGUUGGAUUCCCAGGAGCCAAACCCUAUGAAGGAGAAAAUUUGAUGUAUGAAGAAUGUGAUAUCUUUAUUCCAGCUGCCAUUGAAAAAGUUAUAAAUGCAAGCAAUGCACACAAAAUCCAAGCCAAGAUUAUUGCUGAAGCUGCCAACGGACCAACAACACCUGCUGCUGAUACAAUUUUGAUCCAAAGGAAUAUAUUGGUCAUCCCUGACUUGUACAUCAACGCUGGUGGUGUCACCGUAUCCUUCUUCGAAUGGUUGAAGAAUUUGAACCACGUAUCAUACGGAAGAUUGACAUUCAAAUACGAAAGAGAAUCCAACUACCACCUUUUGGAAUCAGUGCAAGAGUCUUUGGAACGUCGCUUUGGAAGGGUUGGUGGUCGCAUUCCAGUCACCCCAUCAGAGAGCUUCCAGAAGAGAAUUUCUGGUGCAAGUGAAAAGGAUAUUGUACAUUCUGGCUUGGACUACACAAUGGAAAGGUCUGCAAGAGCUAUCAUGAAGACAGCAAUGAAAUUCAAUUUGGGAUUGGACUUGAGAACAGCAGCAUAUGUAAACUCUAUUGAAAAGAUCUUCACAACUUAUGCUGAAGCCGGUUUAGCCUUUUAAGAUUAAUUAUAGCAUUUUACUUAUAGAUAACGAUACCAGUGAAAAAUCAUUA